AUGAGCGCAUUGGGACCAGCCCGUUACGGCAAGGACAAUGUCCGCGUGCUAAAGGUCGAGCGCGAUGCAAAGACCGGCACCCAGACAGUCGUGGAGAUGACCGUCUGCGUCCUUUUGGAAGGCGACAUCGAGACCUCCUACACCAAGGCCGAUAACAGCGUGAUCGUCGCAACCGACUCUAUCAAGAACACCAUCUACAUCACAGCCCGCCAGAACCCCGUCACACCCCCCGAACUGUUCGGUUCCAUUCUUGGAACACACUUCGUCGAGAAGUACAACCACAUCCACGCCGCGCACGUCAACAUCAUCACCCACCGCUGGGAGCGCAUGGACGUCGAUGGCAAGCCCCACCCGCACUCGUUCAUCCAGCCCGGUGCCGAGACCCGCGAUGUGCAAGUCGAUGUCGUCGAGGGCAAGGGUAUCGCCAUUAACUCCGCAAUCAAGGGUCUGACCGUGCUGAAGAGCACCGGCUCCCAGUUCUGGGGCUUCCUCCGUGACGAGUACACCACUCUCAAGGAGACCUGGGACCGUAUUCUCAGCACUGAUGUCGCUGCCAACUGGCAGUGGCGCCAGUUCGCCAAUGUGGCCGAGGUCAAGGCUGAUGUUGGCAAGUUCAAUGCUGCCUACGAGGCUGCGCGCAAGAUUACCCUCAAGACUUUCGCUGAGGAUGUCAGCGCCAGUGUUCAGGCUACCAUGUACAAGAUGGGUGAGCAGAUUCUCGCUGCUGCGCCUUUGCUUGAGACUGUUGAGUAUUCGCUGCCUAACAAGCACUACUUUGAGAUUGAUCUGUCUUGGCACAAGGGUCUCAAGAACACUGGCAAGGACGCCGAGGUUUAUGCUCCUCAGUCCAACCCCAACGGUCUUAUCAAGUGCACUGUUGCCCGCGCUGGCCAGAAGGCUAAGCUGUAA